GGAACGAUAUCGAAGUGUGUCGCAAAAAGAAAAAAAAUAAAUCCUCCAUUAUUCUUUGGACCACCGUCAGCCAGUGGACACAGCUGAAUGAAUCUCGCGCUUGGCAAGCAGUAAAACAUUUUGUGAGGAAAAAGAUAACAAUAAGAGUGUGUGGUGGAAGACUGGUGGUGGCAUUUUCGCUUCGUGUGUUGUUUUCUUUAGACUCGCGAGUGCGAUUAAGAAUUAAUUAAAAAUAUAUAUUACGAGGGAAAUAGCAGGACAAUGUUUGCCGCCUAGUGCUGUUGAUUUCGCGGUUUUAUUUGCUCAAAGAUUUUUUGGAAAAUUUAUGUUUUAUUUUUUCGUUCAGAAAAUAGUGCAUGUCCUUGUGUUUUUUUGUUGCUUGCGCUAGAUCCCAAGUGUUAGUUUUUGGGGGAAGAAACUGAAAGUUUCGUGUUAAAAAUUGACGAAGGUGGUUUCAUAGUUUCGAAAAUUGAUCUGACGAAAAUAAUUUGGUAACGUAAGAGGACCUUGCAUGUUGACACGUUUGAAAAGAGAGGGGAAACAAAAUGGAAGAGUCGCAGCAGCUGCGCUUUCCCUCCCAGCAUGAUCACAGUGGGUAUGGCAAUAACAACAAACUAGUGAGAGAUCAUUCUCUGCAGAAUAUAAGUGGACACGACGGUAGCAGUCAUCUGGCGGACAGUGGAUACAAUUCGUAUCACUCGUUUAAUGCAUCCUCUUCGGUUGCCCGAUCGGUGCUGGCCACUAUCGAUGAAGACAAUGAGGCGGAUUGUAGCUACGAGGGAAUACGCUGCUCAGAAACGCCUUUGAAAAUCAGUACUAUUUUAACUCCAACCACAGCGGCAAGCAUUGAGCAAAUUUCCAAUUUUCACUUGACCACUCCGAACAGUGUCACCAGAGAUGUGCUUGGUAAGAGAAAAGUUCUGGCUCGUAAGCCUACGAUUCAGAAUUUGUAUGUUCAACGAACGCCCGAAAAGUGCGCCGGAAACGCAGAUUUUAUGCUUGCAUCUAUCGAGACGCCUCUUCGGUCUGGGAGAAAACCUAUUUUAGGUAGUUUGACUCCUCGCAAGAAUAAAACAUCCGCCAAACGCAAGCUGACCAAUUUCCGGGAGAAACUUCAUUCCGAUGGCGAUUUACGGACCUCUCCGGAGAAGGAUGAUUCCCUUGAAGGGGAUUGCAAGAGGCUGGAUCAGGAGGACAUAUCACCUAUUUAUCACGCUAAACGUCGCCGAAAUUCGGUUAUUGACGAUCUCAUCCGUUCCAGUACACCAAAGACUGCAAGUUUCAAGUCCAACUUCCAUGUGGAAACAAGAGAGAAUAUCAACUGGGAUGCAAUUGGGCAGGGGCAACCGAACCAGAGACAGAAGCCCCUUAUUCUACGUAAAUUCCAAAGUUUCAGUCCAAGUAAGAUGUAUAGCUAUGGCAAACGCGACUCAAUUCUUCAGGAUAAACCGAUAACUAGCAAUCGGAGGGCUCCCCUUCAAAGACAGAAUGCACUGAAAGGAAUCUCCCCGGUACAAGAAUUGCAAAAACUAGGGAAGCCAUUGCGAACAUCAUCCGAGGAGUCCUCAAUGGAACAAAGUAUUGAUAUAACCGAUGGAUUUAGUCUAACUCCAGUGAAGGGAAAAAAUAUCAGCGCUCUAUUUGAUGCUCCCAUCAUUGUGCCGCAAUCGACCACAGAGGAAGAUUUCAGAGAAACGGACCUGGAACACCAGGUUUCGCAAAUUGCGUCAUUUGACGAUUGCAGUUUCACCCCGGUCAAGGCCUGCCUCUCAAAGACAGAUAUUCUUCCCCAAGAAGACUGCGUAUUGCGGGAAGCUGUCGCCCCUAGCAUACUGGAACGAACUCUCCCAUCUAUCAUAGAAGAUGAAUCUCCCUUUAUUGUCUCUCUAAACAUUCCACGAACGCCCACUUCCGCAAGCAAAUCUCGCAAGCUGAAGCGUCUAAAUUCGCGAACUCAAUUAUCGUCCACCAAGAAGGAGAAACCCCGUAGCAAAGCACCAUCGCCAAAGCUCCUUCGCUCCCAGCCAACCAUUCCCGGGACCUACCGUCGUUCGUAUGUUGGCAUCGAACGCCUAAACAUUCUGAAGCGCUUGAACGAACAAGACAAGGAUGCGCUGGAAAUCGUCCUCGACUAUCUGGCCGAUGCCGAUCUUGUGCGGGUUGUGGCCGUUUCCCGCGGAUGGCGAUCGAUAAUCAAAACACACCAACGAACCAAUCGGCGGCUCAGGGAGUACCUGGCUUUGGAGGCACAUAUCAAGGAGAAUGUCGACCGAAUCGGUUCCGCUGCCGCUUCCUUGUGCUCCUCAUCCUCGCGGGAUGCCAGCAUGCUCGGCAGUGGCGGAGGGGCUCUGGUGGGGAAAUCUUUAAACUGUGAUACGAUCAAGGAAUCAUCCGGCGGAACGCAUGCGACGGUAGUGCGUCAACCCUUCAGCCUGUAUAAUUCCAUCAACAACGAUAGCUCGUCGGCAAUUGGGGCUAUAGGAUCGGUACAGAAAUCACCACCGGUCAGCCCAUCCAAGAGGAAGUUCCGUGAGAAUCAGAAGAUCGCCUCGCAUUUGAAAAAAUCGGAACGGUUAAAAGCUUGCCCCCGGUGUGCGAAACCGAGUCGCGUAGUGUUGAGCAAAUCCACCAUCAAGCUGGCCCUUGCGGCGGGCGCACUCGAUCCCCGUUCGAUGGCCAAGCUGGACAGAUCUUACACGCUACCUAGUAGCGGCUCCGCCAGCAUCAUCACUGUUGCUAGUCCCGUCUCGCCCAACAAUGCGGACCGCAUCCGUCGGAAUCUGUUCUCGAUCAACACGACGGUGCCUCGAUCUUGUUCGGUGGAUGCCCGAAGUCCGCCCACAACAAAGGUAAGCAAAUUUCGGCGCGCAGCAAGCGACACUUCCGCGUGCUCUUCGCUGCUGGGCAGGAAGAUAACCAAAAAUGGCAGCAUGUUGGAACAGCAGCAAGCUGCAAACGACCAAGCAUCCCAGUGUGAUUAUGCGGUGUGCAGUGGCAAGAGUUGUGGGUUCAUAUUCUGCAUCAAGUGCCUUUGCGAGUAUCAUCCGGGCACGGUUUGCAAGGAGCUGUCACCGAAUUCGCCCAGUAAGGAGGAACACACGGCCCACAACAUUGCCUGUAGCAAGCAAAGUCGCCGAUCGUUGCUAAGACUUCGCAAAUAACGUUCCACGGGUUGGUUAGCUAGCCACUGAUUCGUUACAUGGUAUUUUGUUCAGUGACAGUUAUUUAUUACUACUAUUGUGUUUAAGAGACCUCGUUUCAGUUUCCCAGUUGAUUAUUGGUAUUUAUGUUUUUUGUACGCUAUUUUUUAAAAGUGUUUUAAUCAGUGAAAAGAGAUUGUAUUGACUUUAAUUUUAUGCACGUACUUGUAUUCUUUUGUAAAAUAUUUUUUCAAGACAAUCAUACUACUAAUCAUUUUCCAAACUACUUAGCAUUUAGGGGAACAAUAUAUUCCGAAUGCAUUUGUUUCGUUGCUUUAGUUUUUUUUAUUCCGCUCGAACAAAUCAACAAACUUAUCCUAGUGUAUUUUAGAGUAAUACUUUUGCGAGAAAAGACUUAUAAAAGAACGCAUAAUGUCUUCUUGAAGGCGACUGAGUUCUUAGCCUAAUUAGAAUAAGUUUGCUAGCAUGUUUUUUUAAAAGAAACUCUGAAUUACGAGUUGAAUACUCAAAAAGAAAACAUUCACCACAAUGUUUUACUUUUACAUGACAUAAGGUUGUGUCUUGACUAGCUACCUCGUUAUUUCGUCAAACAGGGCGAUUCCGAAUUAUACGAAGAUAGAAAAUCAAAUCAGACAUCACCUAUACAGUAGAAACUAUACCGUUCUAUUCUUACGUUUCCUAAUAAAAAAAGUUAUUGGAAAUUAA